GUCACUGUCAGCGGAGCUUCUUUCCCCUUGAGGCAAAUGCAGCCCCAAGGGCCCAUGUUUGUGGGCCUGCCUCACCUGGGACCCAUCCUCUUCUGGUUGUUCACCCGAUAUUCAAUGAGCGACGACUGGUGCAAGAACUUGAGGACCCUGUCCUGGUGCCCACCCUACAAGACCAUAUUGCUGGUGUGGACCACCGUCUACUCUCUCAUGGGCUACGCCUCCUACCUGGUAUGGAAGGACCUUGGAGGGGGACUUAAGUGGCGCCUGGCCCUGCCCCUUGGCCUCUAUGCUGUCCAGCUGCCCAUCAGCUGGGCUGUCCUGAUGCUCUUCCUGGAGGCUGCCAACCCUGGGCUGGCCCUGCUGCACCUGCUUCUGCUCUACGGGCUGGUGGUGAGCAUGGUGCUGGUCUGGCACCCCGUCAACAAGCUGGCUGCUCUGCUGCUGCUGCCCUACCUGGCCUGGCUCACGGUGACCGCCGUCCUCACCUACCGCCUCUGGAGGGACAGCCUCUGCCCUACGGCCCAGCCUCGGCCCACAGGGGAGAAUGGCAGAUGAGGGAAGAGGCCAGGGGUGGGGGGCGCUCUCCUGGGCCCCCAGCUGUGGGCCUUCCUUGGAAUUCAGAGAAAUGGGAAGGGGGGAAAUGGUUUUAUACUUUGA